AUGUUGACCGGAGGUUCUCCUUCAUGUGUUGCUGCAGCAGCAGCAGCAGCAGCAGCAAAACCAGCAUCAUCAUCAGCUGCUGCUGUAGGAUCUGAUGCGUCCUCCAAUCCCGGCGCAGCACCAACACCAGCAACAGCAACAGCAGCAGCAGCAACCAACAGCAGCAGCAGCAGCAGCAGCAGCAACGGCCCCUUUGGACGUACUUACAGCACGCCUUCAAGCUACCCUGCUGCAGCAAGUGCUGCAGUGCUUCAGGCAUCAACACCACUUCCUGGUGAUGCUUUAAAUGUUCGAGGAUAUGAUUUUGCUGCUGCUCCUACUCUAGAUUUGCUGCUGCAGCAGCUGCUAACCACAGGCUUUCAGGCAACAGAGUUGGGUAGAGCUAUUAAUGUUGUAAAUGAUAUGCUUAGCUGGCGGCCUCAGACAAAAGAAGAAAAAAGAAAAGCAAAAGCAGACAGAAAAAACAAAAGACAAAAAAAAGCAAACGCUAAAAAGCUCUUGCUGCAGCACGGCCUACACCCCACAGAUCUCGGCAACUGCAGCAGCAGCAGCAGCAGCUGCAGCAGCAGCAGUGAAGACAGCAGCGAUGAAGAUGCCAACCACAACAACACCCCUGCGUCUUCUGCUGCCUCUCACCCCCAGCACCACCAACAGCAACAGCAACAGCAGCAGCAGCAGCAGCAGCAGCAGCAGGAGCAGGAUCGUUGUUCAAUAUGGGUGAGCUUUACAUCGAAUAUGAUAAGUUCAGGAUUGAGAGAAAGUUUAGUGUUUUUAGCAAAGAAUAAAUAUAUUGUAGGUGCAGUAACUUCAGCGGGGGGUAUUGAAGAAGAUAUAAUAAAAUGCUUCGGCCCUACAGUUGUCGGCGAAUUUGACCUAAAAGGACAAGACCUAAGAAAGAAGGGCUGGAACAGGAUAGGCAAUUUGCUGCUGCCGAAUGAAAACUACUGCAAAUUCGAGGACUGGCUGCAGCCCCAUCUUGAUAGACUCCUUAUUCAGCAAAGACGCAAACUUGCUGCUGCUGCUGCUGCUGCUGCUGCUGCUGCUGCUGCUGGGGGUGGGGGUGGGGGUGGUAGUGGUGCGAAAGCUGCAACAGGAGAAGCAGCAGAUGCAUCAGCAGCAGCAACGCCGUCAUCAACAGCAACAACAGCAACAACAGCAACAGAAACAGGAGAAGCAGCAGCAGCAGCAACAACAGCAGCAGCAGCAGCAGCAGCAGCAGCAGGAGAUGUACAUCUGCCAGAUGUUGUAUUGAGCCCGUCAGAGUUAAUACGGUAUCUAGGACAAGCAAUAGGAGAGACAGCAGGUGCAGCAGCAGAAGAAAGUUUCUUAUACUGGUGUUUGCUGCUGCUGGGGGGCGGCACUCCGAAGCAUCAUCUGUGCAACGCGAAUUUAAUGAAGGGCGGCGCAGAGUUUGCUGUUUAUCUUAAUGCUGCAGCAGAGUUUGACGGCAGCGACUCCGGGGCGAAGCCUGAAGAAGCUGUCAGCUGGGGCAAGCUUAAACCUUCAAAGAAACAUGUCAAAGUUACUGCUGAUGCUACACUCACCUUCCCCCUUCUUGUUGCUGCUACCUUUGCUAAACACCACUUCCAGAAGCAGCAGCAGCAGCAGCAGCAGCAGCAGCAGGUGUAG